CUUCCUCUCUUUCUCUCUCCUCUGUUUCUCUCUCUUCCCAUUUAACAAAUUACAGUAAGCAACCGCACCACUUUCUAAUCCCAACCCACUUUCUUCUCCAUUUUGAAGUUGUUGUUCUUAGUCAUCUUCUUCAUUUCAUUAUAAUCUGUUCAUAAAGUGAAACCCAAAAAGAAGUAAAGUGGGGAAGAAGAUUUUUGUUGUUUAUUCUUCCGCCAUGAAUGCUUCCUUGCUUCCUUAACACCCAUAUCUCUCUUUCCCCUCUUUUUUCUUUUCAAAUCCCUCCAUUCAUUACUUCUCUAAACUGACCUACCAAGCAAAACAACUUCGAUUUCAUGAUUAUUCCCUCUUUGUUUACCCUUCAAUGUCUAAUAACCCUUCUCUGAUUCUUCUUGAAGCCAUGGCGUUCACUGAAGUCUGCAAUAAACUGAAGCGAUUGAGGCUGUUUGAGCCAUCGAUUGCGGUUUUGGGCUUCUUUUUUGUAUCGGUUUGUUUGAUUUGUGGGUUCUUUUACUUGGAUUUUAGAACUGCUUCUAAAGGGUUUGUGUUUGCGCUUCGAUCAGAGAGAUUUAAUUGGUUGAGAAAUGAAAAUUUGAGUCAGAUUCGUAAGGUUGAGUUUCUUUCUGAAGAGGGAAAUGGAUGUGAUGUGUUUGAUGGAGAUUGGGUUUGGGAUGAUUCUUAUCCUUUGUAUGAGUCUAUGAACUGCCCAUUUGUGGAUCAAGGCUUUCGCUGCUCUGAAAAUGGCCGCCCUGAUUUGUUAUACACUAAAUGGAGAUGGCAACCUAAGCUUUGUAACUUGCCCAGAUUCAACGCGACGUUCAUGUUAGAGAAACUAAGAAACAAACGGAUGGUGUUCAUCGGCGACUCGAUCGGACGAAACCAAUGGGAAUCUCUUCUAUGUAUGCUAUCAUCUGUAGUCCCAAACAAAGAGUCCAUAUAUGAAGUGAAUGGCAGCCCCAUUACAAAGCACAAGGGAUCCUUAGUGUUCAAAUUCAAGGAUUUCAACAGCACUGUUGAGUAUUACAGAGCUCCCUUUCUCAUCUUGCAGAGCCGGCCUCCUUCAGGGGCCUCUCAAGCCAUCAAGACUACCCUUAAGCUAGAUCAAAUGGAUUGGUCCUCAGCCAAGUGGAAAAAUGCUGAUGUUUUGGUGUUCAACACAGGGCAUUGGUGGAACUAUGAGAAGACCAUAAGAGGAGGCUGUUACUUCCAAGAAGGAAAUGAGGUAAAGAUUGGAAUGAAGAUCAAUGAUGCGUAUCAGCGGUCGCUUGAGACCGUGAUGCAUUGGAUCAACAACGAACUAGACUCGAAAAAAACGAAGGUUUUUUUUCGAAUGUUCGCCCCGGUUCAUUUUCGAGGUGGAAAUUGGAGGACUGGUGGGAAUUGUCACUUGGAAGCUCUACCUGAGCUCGGUUCUUCGCUCGUUCCUCCUGAAACAUGGUCACAUUUCAGGCUAGCUAAUGCUAUCCUUUCAAGUUACCCGACCGUGCAAAACACAACGAAAUUAGAGAUACUAAAUGUAACUCAAAUGACUGCACGGAGAAAGGAUGGGCAUUCGUCACUUUACUACCUCGGUCGCGAUGUUGGUCCUGCGCCUCUUCAUCGACAGGAUUGUAGUCAUUGGUGUUUGCCUGGGGUUCCUGAUGUGUGGAAUGAACUUCUUUAUGCACUGUUCUUGAAGCAUGAAUGGAACUCUUGAUGCCAAACAGGUAUCCGUAACUUAUGGACAUAUCGAGUCGGUCGGUUGGUCGUCUUCCUGCAAGAACCGUUUUGAAUUUACGAAGAACAUUGAUGAUUACUGAAGCUUUACAGAGAAGUGAUUGAAUCAGCUUACAGAAAUGCAAGCAGAAGCCAAGUCAACAUUCUUCAUUAGUUUUGGAAGCAGCCAAAAUUUUUGGACAGCCAGGGGCAUACUUGGAAUAAACAGCAUAGUUUUUCCUUUUUUUGUACAUAUUUAGUGCUAAAUUUGUAACAUUACAAUGUAAAAGGUCUUUCCAAGGUAAUUUAAUGGCUUCUAUUCAAACUUUC